GUGUGUGAGACGGUCUGCUUUGGUUGCAUAGCUACUGCUGCAGCUCUCGGCAGAAGCGCGCGCUACGUGCUACAUGGCUCCAUCAGCCGCGCGUGCGGUCGCGACAUUGGCGUGAAGAAGAAGAAGAAGAAGAAGAAGAAGAAGAAGGAGAGGAAGAAAAAGAAGAAGACGAGCGCCUCGUACCGGCGCUGAACCACCGAGCGACCCGAUGAAGAGCCGCCCGUUACACACGCGCUGCUAAGCGGAAAGAAAUUCUAUCCGCGAUGUCCAAGAGCCUGAAGAAGAAAAACCACUGGACGAACAAAGUCCACGAAGCGGUGCUCACCCGCAACAAGGAGGGCGAGCUGGGCUUCGAGCUUCGCGGCGGCGCUGAGAAUGGCAAUUUCCCAUACUUCGGAGAGGUGAAGCACGGAAAGGUGGCCAUCCAGAGCGGUAAGCUGUGCGCCGACGAGCUCCUGCUGGAGGUCAACGACACGCCGGUGGCUGGCCUCACCACCCGGGACGUACUGGCCGUCAUUAAGCACUGCAAAGACCCGUUUCGCCUCAAGUGUGUGAAGCAAGGAGGUGUUGUAGAUAAAGACCUUCGCCAUUACCUUAACCUCCGAUUCCAGAAGGGUUCUGUGGACCACGAGCUCCAGCAGAUCAUACGGGAUAACCUCUACCUCCGAACCGUGCCCUGCACCACGCGACAACCGAAAGAGGGAGAGGUCCCAGGCGUGGACUAUAACUUUGUGAGUGUCGACCGGUUUAUGGAAUUAGAGAAAAGUGGAGCUUUACUCGAGAGUGGAACAUAUGAAGAUAACUUCUAUGGCACGCCCAAGCCCCCGGCGGAGCCCACGCACAUGCUGUUUAAUGUGACUGACCAGCUGCUGCCAGGUGCUCGCCCCAGCGCUGAGGGGAAGAGGAAGAGGAACAAGUCAGUCAGCAACAUGGAGAAGGACAGCAUCGAGCCUCCCGAGGAAGAGGAGGAGGAGAGCCCUGUCGUUAACGGCAACGGCAUUGCUAUCACGCCAGAAUCAAGCGAGCAUGAAGACAAGAGCACCGACGCGUCAGGCGACGUGCCUCCGCAGUCCUGCCCCGCCGAGACGCCCACCCUGACAGGCACAGACGCCCCUGAAGAGGAGCACGAUGCCCCCAAAUCCCCGGCCGACUCGCAGAGCAACGACGACCUCGGGCCGCUCCCCGACAACUGGGAGAUGGCCUACACCGAGAAAGGAGAAGUCUACUUCAUCGAUCACAAUACCAAAACAACAUCAUGGCUCGAUCCUCGAUUAGCCAAGAAGGCCAAACCGCCAGAGGAAUGUGAGGACGAUGAGCUGCCGUACGGCUGGGAGAAAAUCGACGACCCUAUAUAUGGCAGUUACUACGUGGACCACAUUAACAGAAGGACGCAGUUCGAGAACCCUGUCCUGGAGGCCAAAAGAAGAAUCCAACAGCAGCAGCAAAUGCAGAGCCAAGGCCUGUCGUCCCUGCCGCUGCCUACCAUCUAUAGAGAGAAGCCUCCGUUCACGCGAGAUGCCACCCAGCUGAAAGGCACGUUUCUGUCCACGGCGCUGCAGAAGAGCAACAUGGGCUUCGGCUUCACCAUCAUCGGCGGAGACGAACCGGACGAGUUCCUGCAGGUGAAGAGUGUCAUUCCAGAGGGCCCGGCGGCGCAGGACGGCAAGAUGGCCACCGGUGAUGUGAUCGUCUACAUCAACGACAUCUGCGUCUUGGGCACCACCCACGCAGACGUGGUCAAGCUCUUUCAGUCAGUGCCCAUCGGUCAGAGCGUGACCCUCGUGCUGUGCCGAGGCUACCCGCUGCCCUACGACCCCGAGGAGCCGUCAGCCAGCUCGACGGUGCCCCCUCUUGGCCUGGUGGAUCCCUCGCUCCUGCUCAACGGACGCAGCACCUACGACAACUACAUGGAGUACAUGUCUCUGACGGGGCGCCUGCUUCCUGAGCACGGAGACGCUCUGUCCCAGGCGUCCCAUCCCGGAGACACACACCUGGACGGAUCACAGCCGCCGUCCCUCAACACACCAGGGCCUCUGCACGAUGACGCUGUCUCUAUGGCAUCGUCGACCGGGGCAACAGCCGGAGCUCAAGCAGCACCAGAGAUUCUGAGCCUCACCAUGACCAAAGGAAACGAGGGUUUCGGGUUCACCAUCGCAGACAGUCCGACAGGCCAGCGGGUCAAACAGGUGCUGGAGCCGCAGGGGUGCCCGGGCCUGUGUGAAGGGGACCUGAUAGUGGAGAUUAACCAGCAGGGGCUGCAGGGCCUCAACCACUCACAGGUGGUGCAGAUCCUGAAGGAUUGCGCCGUGGGGACCGAAGCCACCCUCAUCAUCCAGAGAGGAGCAGGACACUUCUCCUCCUGGGACGGUGCCAAACAGUGGGACCCCCAGGGAAGCCCCCAGACCGGCCUUUCAGCCCCUGGCCUUCCCCACACCGCUGCUCAUGUAGGCCAGGCGCUCCACUGCACAUCCGCCCCUGACCCAGAUGGAGCUCACCUCAGCAAACCCGACCCCUACGACCUCUACGAGAAAUCUCGAGCUUUAUACGAGAGCAGACAGCCGGGCCCACCGCGAGCGCUGACUGACUCCACAGGUGUGGAGUACCAGGAGGUAGAAGUUCACCUGCUCAGAGAGAAGACGGGUUUCGGCUUCCGCAUCCUCGGAGGAGACGAGGCGGUGCAGGCUGUGAGUCCGGAGGCCCGUGACAAGAUCGUAAUUGGAGCGAUUAUCGAGAACAGCCCGGCGGAGCGGGACGGCCGUCUGCGCCCGGGUGAUGAGUUGGUGUCAGUGGACAGGAUGCCGGUGGCGGGUCGACCGCACAGCUACGUCAUCGACCUCAUGCAUGCUGCGGCACGCAACGGCCAAGUGACGCUUACCGUGAGACGCAGAGUGAUCCCUCAUCCUGGCCAGCCCUGUGGAGAGAACGGAUCAGCAGCCAAUCAGAGCAGCUCUCCUCGAGGUCGAGCCGUGUGUCCAGUCAACCUGCCGCCCACAACCGAUGUAGUCAUCCACCGCAAAGAGACCGAAGGCUUCGGUUUCGUCAUCAUCAGCUCUCUGAACAGACCGGAGAACACCGCCACAAUCUCCGUGCCGCACAAAAUCGGCCGCAUAAUCGAGGGCAGUCCGGCUGACCGCUGCGGGAAGCUGAAGGUUGGCGACCGCAUCAUGGCUGUCAACAAUCAGUCUAUUAUCAACAUGCCUCAUGCUGACAUUGUGAAGCUGAUCAAAGAUGCAGGACUCACUGUUACUCUGCACAUCAUCCCAGAGGAAGAUGUAAAUGGCCCCCAUUCUGGCCCUACCUCAGAGAAACAGAGCCCCCUGGUGGUUCAGAAGCAGAGCCCCUCGACCUCUGCGACUCAGCCGAGUCCCAGCAUGGCCAACCCGAGCCCCCCGGCCCCCCACCCGAGCCCCGCCACCACACAAUCCAGCCCCCAGCGAAUGGAGCCAAGUCCUGCAGGAACACAGAGUACCACGCCCAUCACUCAGGCCAACCAGCCCGCAAACCAGCCCAGCCUCGAGACAGCGCACUCAGGCCCGAUGGUGAGUCAGGCAGGACCGCCGGGGGAUCAGAGUGUCCCUGUUCCAACCAUUCAGUCCGUCCCGGUUGUUUCAGGCGUCCCUGUGGUUCAAGGAAUCCCAGUCAUCCCAGGGGUCCCAGCUGUUCAGCUUACCACCAUCGGUGGGGUGCCGGUCGCAGUGCCGCCUCAGCUCUACCUCCAUGACAGCAGGUCGGAGGUAAAAGCCAGACAGGAUGUUAAACCAGAUAUCUGCCAGCCGCCGUACACAGACUACAGACAGCCUCCUGUGGACUACAGACAUCCUCCAGUAGCAGACUACAGACAGCCUCCGACUAUGGACUACAGACACCCGCCUCCGCUCAUCGACUACAGACAGCAUUCAAUCCCAGAUUACAGGCCACAGGACUACGACUAUUUCACAGUGGAGCUGGAGAAGAGCGUGAAGGGCUUCGGCUUCAGCAUCAGAGGAGGCAGGGAGUACAAGAUGGACCUGUUCGUGCUCCGUCUGGCUGAGGACGGCCCCGCUAUCCGCAACGGGAGGAUGAGGGUGGGUGAUCAGAUCAUUGAGAUAAAUGGUGAGAGCACACGGGACAUGAGUCACGCCCGGGCCAUUGAGCUUAUCAAGGCGGGCGGCCGACGAGUGCGUCUGCUGCUCAAACGGGGCACGGGGCAGGUGCCUGAAUAUGGAAUGGUACCUUCCAACCUUUCCAUGUGCAUGAAAAGCGACACUCUUGCCUCUCCAUAUUUCUUCAUAAUGGGACACUCUAAAGACACGACGGUGCCACCUCCUGGAGUUCUGACCCUCCAGCCCCAGCUGCCUUGCCGGAAGUAGCGUGGCCUCGUUAAUCGACUUGUGUCCUUUGUCAUUGCCCAUCAUCUCACCCAGCCCUGCCCCCUGGACUCGCUCCGCCCACUCUCUCUCUCUCUCUCCCUCUCUCUCUCUCUCUCUCUCUCUCUCUCUCUCACACAGGCACUGCAUGAUGGGCCUGGACCAGACAUGGUGCUCACUGGAGGCCAGCUUAGCUCAGUGCCACCAGCAUUACAGAGUUGCACACAGAGGAGGGGUGGCAGGUCCAUCCAGAAGAGCUGUGUAUGAACAGAAAGGAAAGUCCUGAGAAAGGAUGUGUGUCUGGUAUGAAGUGAGUGGAUGAAUGCCAGUCAUGGAUUGUCUGAUCCAGGAUUUUUUAUGAUAAUAACGAAAACAUAGAGGGGCCACCAGGCCAGAUGUAACUCGCCCGGCUCGCACCGGCACUCUACAGUUUGACUCUGGAUCCAAGGACGUCCGAGAAGACCGGACCGGAACAGUUUAAGUCUGGUCUUCCUGCCUAUUGGAUUCUUUCUCAUCGUGCUCCACUCACCAUCUUCAAUCCCGUUCACGUGCUCGGUUGAUCAUGUACAAGGGUUUGUUUGUAUUACUUUUAAGUUGCUUAUAUUACAGGCCUCUUAAAUUCCUGGGGCAACCAGUGAAGAAAUUCUGAACAAAUAUCUAUGUGUAGCAUGAAAGGUACCACAGCCACCAGAAAUCCAUGAAGAACUCGAAUAUUUCCGCAGUAUUGUGUUUCAUUAUUCGUCAGUGUUAGUCCAGCGUAGACCCUCCCAUGUGCACUGAUGUGAACGGAAAGAUCAAAUGAGAUGAAGAUCAUUUCAUCGCCUCGCAUUUUUCUGUUGAGAUUUAGCUAAGAAAUUUUUUUAAAUAAGCAUAAACGAAGGGAAAAAUCAAAAAAUGGCAUCGUAUAAAUAAACAUAUCAGUCAGCGACACAAUCAUGAAGACUUGUACCUCCAGCCACCUGUAAUACAGUUUUCAUGUUGCUAAUACAUGAUUAUUAUAAUAAUAUGAAAUGCACUCCAUUUGUUAUGAAGACAGUUUUUCUUUUAAAAACUGUGGACUACCGAGCCAAACCUGCGUACCGCGCUUGUGCAGGAUUUCUCAAAAGCCUCAGUGUGUCAUUCCAGCCUCAUUGUCCCUGUACUGUGCUUCAUGAACCACACCACUGUGGGGCCGGGGCCCCUUCCUGAUCCUUAUAAUCGGCCCUUCCUCGUCUCCUUUUGCCUCAAGGCCAUCAAGCUAAAGGGACCUUAGUAGGUGGAAGCGAUGUGGUUGGAUUACAUCCAGAAAAUGGCAAAGCAAGGGGGGAUUGAACUGUGCUAUCUGAGACUAUGGGAGUUUAAGUAAAUUGAAAGUGUUUGCUCACGUGGAGGAAGGUGUGAGCCUGUGAGAUUCGGGGAAAUAGCGGAGUGUGUAUAGUGUGAACAGAGACCCAGUUGUAUGGGGCAGAGUGCCUUACUGGCAGGAAUGGAUACGGCAUGAAAUGCGUUUUCCAAGACGACUCGUAGUCCUCACGUGGACUAUAUUGAAGAUUUUGUUUGUUUGUUUGUUUGUUUGUUUUUUACAUUAAAACCAUGCAGCUGUCCGAGUUGUUGGGAACGUCUCAAUCUGCGUGUGCUUGGUACUACAGGAAAAGCGCUACGGCUUCGAACCGAUCGGUUAGUUUCGACAUUUCUGUUCUUUAUAUCUUUCACACCAUAUUGAUGUUUUUGAAAGCACUUUUUUGUUGAUGCAUGAGACAAAUUAGCACCAUGACAUGAUACCGGGCAAGAGAAUCAGUCAAGACAUUUGCAUCUGUAACACAAAGCCAAGAAAAUAAAAGAAGUUCCAGGUUAAUAAGAAAUCACGACAAACUAAAAGCGUUAGCGAGUGCUAAGAGCAAGAAAUGACAAAUUUCCCUAAACUGGGGGGGAGGGAUGAUUAAUCUCUUUCCCUGAAACUCAUUUAUAAUGGAGGUCCAAGGGAAGUGAUUGAAUUCUCUCAGUAAAUUGGUGAAGUAUGUGAUGGAGCAUCAGGUAGCGUUCUUGCUCCAGUUUCCUUCCGUCUUCCAACAACAACAACAAAAAAAAAAACAUUCCAGUGGGUGGAAUAGCAAAAUUGUGUGUAUUCCCAGAUUCCUAUGUUUAUUUCUAGGAUUUCUAUGUGCAUUCUAUGGACUCAUGUGUGUAGUACUCCUAGUGUUCCUGUGAAUAUUCCCAGGAUUCCUGUAAGCUUUUCUAGGACUCAUCUGUGUAUUCCCAGGAUUUCCAAAUAUUUCCAGGAUUCCUGUGAGUAAUCCCAGGAUUCCUAUGAAUAUAUCCCAGGAUUCUUGAGUGUUCCCAGGAUUCCUGUGUGUAUUCCCAGGAUUCCUAUAAAUAUUCCCAGGAUUCCUGUCAGUAUUCCCAAGAUUUCUCUGUGUAUUCCCAGGAGUUCUCUGAGUAUUGCCAAGAUUCCUUUGAGCAUUCCCAGGAUUCCUGUGAGUAUUCCCAGGAUUCAAAUGAGCAUUCCCAGGAAUCCUCUCUGUAUUUCUGCGAUUCCCAUAAAUAUUCCCAGGAUUUCUAAAUAUUUCCAGGGUUCCUGUGAGUAAUCCCACGAUUCCUAUGAAUAUUCCCAGGAUUCCUGUGAGUAUUCCCAGGAUUCAAAUGAGCAUUCCCAGGAAUCCUCUCUGUAUUUCUGCGAUUCCCAUAAAUAUUCCCAGGAUUUCUAAAUAUUUCCAGGGUUCCUGUGAGUAAUCCCACGAUUCCUAUGAAUAUUCCCAGGAUUCCUGUGAGUAUUCCCAGGAUUCAAAUGAGCAUUCCCAGGAAUCCUCUCUGUAUUUCUGCGAUUCCUAUAAAUAUUCCCAGGAUUUCUAAAUAUUUCCAGGGUUCCUGUGAGUAAUCCCAGGAUUCCUGUGUGUAUUCCCAGGAUUCCUAUAAAUAUUCCCAAGAUUCCUCUGUGUAUUCCCAGGAUUUCUUUGAGUAUUGCCAAUAUUCCUAUGAGCAUUCCCAGGAUUCCUGUGAACAUUCCCAGGAAUCCUCUGUGUAUUUCUAAAAUUCAUUCUUGUCCUUGAAAAUGGUUCCAUCUUUAGAGGGCUAAAUUCCACAGCUAGCUAAAUUUACAAAUCGUUCAGCCGGCCUUGGACGUCCAUCAAGAGCUGAAUUUAAAAAUGAGGUUUGCUGGCUUCACGUGACUGUGAGGAUGCACGUGUUAGCCUUCACCCUGUCUGAUGAUAGACGCUGGUUUAUGACAGAGGAGAGCUGGCUGGUGGGUGAGAAUUGGCCAGGAGGAAUAUAACGAGAAUGUUUUUCAGUGCAGGGAAAAGUGUCCAAAUCCUUGUCUGUGGUAUUCACCUACUACAGAUUUUAAUAGAUGAAGAUUAGGUUGGGAAAUAUUAAUGGUAUGCUUUGAAAGGUUACAAGGGUACUGGCCACAUUACAACUACUUCACUUGCUCGAGGAAUGCUCCCAGCUGGCCCUACUGGAUUGCAUGAGUCAGUAUAACUUGUGAAGCUAUUUUCUAACUCACCCUGCAUUUGUUUGACUGGUAUCUGCCUGAGGUAGUCACAUUUAGUCUAAGAACAUCUUUUAGUUUGAUCUUAAAAGCAAGCAUGACUGAUUGGAUCACUGCAUUGUGUGUGAGAGUGGAAGCUACUUUCCGGAGUACUUUAAGGAGUAAUUCGUGCCAUAAAAAGAUUCUGUAAGACAAACAUUUCUCUCUGCUUUGCCUUCGUGUGCAGUAUGUUCAGAUGAAACUACAGCGGGCCUCUGCUGCUCUGCAGCCCACACACAGCCUGAUAACUGUGCCAACACAAGACCAUACACCAGUACACGGAAUGUAACUUAAUAAAUAUGAAGCAGUGAGGAAACAUUUUUAUCUGAGAAGCUGCAUUCGAUUCAAUCACAUAUCAGAGACCUAAAUCUUAGGGGAAAUGUGAAGAAAAAAAACAAAACAUAAUGUGCCACAGAGAAAAUGCCCUGAAAGUGUUCAAAAGGCCCUGAUAGUUUUGUACCUGCGACAUGCAUUUGUACCAGUUACUGAUUCACCGAGUGGUUGAAGUGUGUUAGAUUUAAUUGCUGUUUACAUUGUGGAGAUGUAGGAAGAGAAAGACAGAGCAUCUAUUGCACAGCUCAAGCUUUUCCUGAUGAAGCUGUAUCCUGCCUGCUGUGGGAAAAUAAAAAAAAAAAGAAAA